GACCUACUGAAACGCGCUUUCGAAGUUAUCUCCACUUAGUAGAGUCCUCGUUCUGCUUCUGCAGUGCUUUUAGUUUUGUGAGUGAUUAGGAUCAGGAUCUAUUCAGUGUUGCAGUUGGAGAAGAUCACUCGAUUCUCUAUAACAAAAUCAUCAAAAUGGAAGGUUUCCCUCAACAAGAGAGCGACUUAAACCAAAGUGGACAAUUGGAUCGUAUAGAGGCAGAUAUUGAUGAUGAAGGUUUGAAGUCUUUCAAGCGUUUUUUAUUGGAACAAAGCAAGCAGAUAAACCGUCGGCCAGUUUUGGAAUUUGACAGGGAUUGGUUUUCUUCUGCACCAGAACAGGAAUACAAAAAUUACUCCCUGUUGUAUUGGGUGCUUUCAUUGACACACAACCAUCCAAAAAAUGCUUCAACCUUCAAGGCAUUUCUGGUCUGCCUACUAUUGAGUGUGAUUGGUCUUUCUCCUCGGUUUCAUUGGGCUUUGUUGAUGCUCUCUUGUGGAUUCUUAAUAUAUCAAGCAAAUAGCAUCACCACUCAAUUUUAUUCCCAAUUUGGAAACUCCACAAAUAGUAAUGCACCACACUCCCUACCUCUGUUGAGCUUCAGUGAAGCAUUUGCAAAGUUGCUUCCUGUGAUGAAACCUAUCACCAUGUUCAUACUGUCCUAUCCAGUGACAUUGUUGCUAGCUUGUCCAAUACAACUCAUACUUCAGAUUUUUAUCAUGCUACUGUUGAUUUUUGUUCCCUUCCAUAAUUUUUCUGAAAUUGUGGGCAAGGUGUCAUCAGGGGUGAAUGUGGCUUUUGGCCCAUUCCACCUUCCACUAAUCGUCUUUACCAUCUUAGGGGCUUUUGCUCUUUCCCUCAUUCUUCUUUUAGUCAUAUUGCUUGGCCUUUACCUAUUCUGGCUGUGGAUAUUAAAGGGGAGACCAAGUCUGAAAAAUAUAGAGGGUAGUGUGAAGGAUUUGUCUGAGAUUUUGAUUGGGAUUUGAGCAACUGGCUUUCUUGUGUUCCCACAUUUUAACACCCUUGAUAUUGUGCUACUUGGUUUGUUGUACAUUAGAAUUUAGACCAGCCCAACUCGCGUUUGCGUGCUGCUGAACAUAUUUGUUACAUGUAUUUCUGCAUAAUUCGCACUUGAAUAGUUGAUUAUUUGUAGAUCAACGUGUAUUGCAACGUUUGCUAGCGUUGAAUUCACGUUUACAAAAUUUUUAAUGCGUUUUCAAACAUCGUACAGGUGAGCAAUCAUGUUGUUAAACAUGUUGAAUGAUUCACUGAGAAUUUGUACAGAUGAUAGGCAGAAGCACUUUAAACUUAUAAUGUAUUUGGUUGUGUUAUACAAGUGCAACUCACUAUAUGUGAUUUU